AAAUUUACCACUCCUUCCAUGUUUUUGUUUCUCUCUUCUUCUUGAUUGUUGCGCUUUUGUUAGCUUUCUCUGGUUCAUUUUCCAUGGACGGACCUUGACCUCUCUGCUUCCCUUCGUGCAUUUUCUCUCUCUCACUAUCCUCUCUCUUUCUAGUGUUUGUUUGAUCCUCUGCGUACUCUGUUCUUCUUCUCUCUUCAGGGAAAUGCUGAAGAAGUUAGAGUAAGAAAUUUUUGGUUUUUGAAUGGAAAGUGAUUGAUUUUGGGGAAGAUGAGUUCUGGGAACGAUAAGGUUGAAUUCUGGCUAUGAAACCUAGGUUAAAGUUUCUAACUUUAUCUUACUUGUUAAGCAAAUCUAACCCAAUUCUCAUCUGAAACCCUAAUUUUUCUGGGUUCUUCUUAAAAUUGAGAAUUUUGUUCAUGCAUCUAUAGAAAGUGAAGAUUUUUAUGUAAUUAGAUUGAUUUUGGGUUGUUCUUCUUGUUGUUGUGAUGCUAAGCAGAUAAAACAAGUCCUGCAUAUUGAAGAUCUGAUGUCUUAUCGAUUGCUAAGUGUGGAUAAGGAUGAACUGGUUACGUCACCUUGUUUGAAAGAACGUAACUACUUGGGUCUCUCUGAUUGUUCCUCUGUUGAUAGCUCAACUAUUCCCAAUGUUGUUGGGAAGAGCAAUCUCAAUUUCAAAGCUACUGAACUGAGGCUAGGUCUUCCUGAGUCUCAAUCUCCUGAGAGAGAGACUGAUUUCGGUUUGCUGAGUCCGAGAACACCCGAUGAGAAGCUUCUCUUCCCGUUGCUACCUUCUAAAGACAAUGGUUCUGCUACUACAGGGCAUAAGAAUGUUGUUUCUGGUAACAAGAGAGGAUUUGCUGACACUUGGGAUGAGUUUUCGGGUGUGAAAGGAUCUGUUAGACCUGGAGGAGGAAUCAACAUGAUGUUGUCGCCGAAAGUUAAGGAUGUCUCGAAGAGUAUUCAAGAAGAAAGAUCUCAUGCUAAGGGUGGCUUGAACAAUGCACCAGCUGCCAAGGCACAGGUUGUUGGUUGGCCUCCAAUCAGAUCAUACCGGAAGAAUACAAUGGCUUCUUCUACUUCGAAGAACACUGAUGAGGUUGAUGGGAAACCUGGUCUUGGUGUUCUGUUUGUGAAGGUGAGCAUGGAUGGUGCUCCGUAUCUGAGAAAGGUCGACUUGAGAACUUACACUUCCUAUCAACAGUUGUCUUCUGCACUUGAGAAAAUGUUCAGCUGCUUCACCCUUGGUCAAUGUGGUCUUCAUGGUGCUCAAGGGAGGGAAAGAAUGAGCGAGAUUAAACUGAAGGAUCUUCUUCAUGGAUCAGAAUUUGUGCUUACUUAUGAAGAUAAAGACGGUGAUUGGAUGCUUGUUGGCGAUGUUCCAUGGGAGAUAUUUACUGAAACAUGCCAGAAACUGAAGAUCAUGAAGGGUUCUGAUUCUAUUGGCUUAGGUGCAGUGGAGAAAUCGAAGAACAAAGAGCGGGUUUGAAACGAAGAUGCUCAAGACAAAAAAAAAACACUAUGCACAGUUCCAAUGUUUAAGUUUUAUUUACUGAUGUGUUUGAAAACUCUUUAGUCUUUUUACUAAUUUGUGUUGUAAGACUUUGGAUUCUCUUAUUUGUGUGUGCUUGUUCAAAACAAAUACAUUCUUAUGUGUGUGUUUCUACUUUGACCUUCAAGAUAUUUCGUCUCUACGC